AUGAGCCACCUAGUUAAUUCUGAGGGCGUUUGCGGUGACGGUUGGGACCUAUUUCAUCACAAAAACGACAAUAUAUGCUACAAAUACUGCCCUGAUGGUUUGGGCGACUAUCACACUGUGGCCACAGCGUGUAAGGGAGAACUAAACUCGUCGCUACCUAUCAUUAACUCUCAGGCAGAGCAGGAAUUCCUCAAUAAAUUGAUAGUAAAAUACAAAAUGAUUGAAAACGUAUGGCUCGACGCAACCAUUAAAGGCAAACACAUCGUAUGGACGGACAAUAGUCGCACGAACUAUGAAAACUGGUUGUCCGGGCGUCCGGUUAAUGAUAGCAAUUGUGUCGAAAUGUUGUCAGAACAAGUGAACAUGGGCAAAUGGGAAGAUAUGUCAUGCGCUAAGAAAAAUGCUUAUUUAUGCAAACGUUUUGUAGCAUGGUCGAGUCAACAAAUGGAGCGUUUGAUCAGAGAAAACAGUAUCCAAAUUGCACUUUUACAGGACUGUCCCUUGCCCGUUGGUUUUAUAUACGUACAGUUGCCGGGUCAGGCCGAACCUAACACACUGUGGCCUAAAUCAACCUGGUCCGAUGUGACGGCUACAUACGCGGGUCAAUUCUUUCGGGCCGAAGGUGGAGGUAGUUUAGCUUUUGGGGCAGGUGUCCAGUCGGAGGAUGCACCUCGACUUACAGACAUUGAUAAUAUUAGACAAGAUAGAAAUGGCGCUGGUCAUGUUACAAUUACACCUGGUGUUUACACUCCAUUCUUGGAAACAGGUGAUUUUGCUGUACCCGGCAAUAAUAAUUUGUAUAGGUUUGGCGACGAUUUGUGUGAAGUAUUGUUGAGUUAUCUGUCAUUUGAGGACCGAUUCCGGUUUGGCGACGAUUUGUGUGAAGUAUUGUUGAGUUAUCUGUCAUUUGAGGACCGAUUCCGGUGUGAAUGUGUGUCCACUCAAUGGCAACGAUUGAUAUUCACAACACAGACAACUCUCGAUAUAAAUACUCGUCGGUAUAGACUGUACGGAAAACGCAUAAACUAUGUAGAGUCAUUGGAGGUACUAAUGAAUGGGUUGACACAAAUGCGUGCAUUAAUUGAAUUACAAAUCGAGUAUUACUAUUGCGACGACCCGUUAAUGGCGUUAAUGGCCCGACAUUUGCGGCAAUUAUUUCGUAAUUUACCAAAACUCAAAAAAUUUACCCUAAAUUACGAUCACAAUUAUGACGAGAUAGUGUUGAGUGAAAUACACGAAACAAUUAACGAUUGUUUUACACAAUUAAAACAACUCGAAAUUCACGGACAGUUUGCCCGAUCAUUGUUUGCCUGCAAACAAUUAACGCAUUUAAAUCUGACCUUGAUGAAUUGCAAAAUCACCUUGGAAACAUUUGCUGAUUACCAUCAGUAUUUCCCAAAACUCAAGUGUUUAAAUCUCGGUUACGUUGACAUCCCGUGGCCUGUGUUGGAGUCGUUGGCAAAACACCCGACACUACAGUCCGUAACCGAUAUGAAAAGCGCAACGAAUCGCUUACAACACUAUAAACAGAAUUGCGUUAAAGAAUAUUCUGUUGACGACUAUAAUAGCGAAAUGAAAUACAGUUUUGAAAGUUGUUAUUGUAUGGAGAUUCAUAAACAAUCGUCAAACGUGCGAAUGGCCAGAAUCACCGAAGUUAUGUUUACUAUAAUGAUUAUAUAUUUCAAUUUUGUUACGAUCCGUACGGCCAGUAUUAGACUGAUUGGCGUUAUGCGGAGCCUUAUACAGUGUCCUAAGUUAAAGACAGACCAGCUAGUUAAUUCGGAGGGCGUUUGCGGUGACGGAUGGGACCUAUUUCAUCACGAUAGCGAUGAUAUAUGCUACAAAUACUACCCUGAUGGUUUGGGCGACUACCACACUGUGGCCACAGCGUGUAAGGGAGAACUAAAUUCAACGCUACCGACCAUUAACUCACAGUCAGAGCAAGAAUUUCUCAAUAAAUUGAUAGUAAAAUACAAAAUGAUUGAAAACGUAUGGCUCGACGCAACCAUUAAAGGCAAACACAUUGUGUGGACAGACAAUAGUCGCACUGACUAUGAAAACUGGUUACCCGGGAGACCGGUUAAUGAGAGCAACUGUGUGGAAUUGGUGCCUGAUGAGCUUAACAUGGGCAAGUGGCAAGAUAUUGCAUGCGCAAAGAAAAAUGCAUACUUAUGCAAGCGAUUUGUGGCAUGGUCGGAUCAACAGGUGGAGCGUUUGAUCAGAGAAAAUAAGCGCAUGGUGGACGAGGCAGUGGCUAAAAUUGCACUUUUACAAGACUGUCCACUACCGGUUGGUUUUAUAUACGUACAAUUGCCGAGUCAGGCCGAUCCUAAAACACUGUGGCCUAAAUCUACGUGGUCCGACGUGACGUCAGCAUAUGCGGGUCAAUUUUUUCGUGCUGAAGGCGGUGGUAGUCUUAAUUUCGGCGCCGGUGUUCAAUCGGAGGACGCGCCCCGAUUGUCACAUGUUAAGCGCGUGACUGCUCAUCAUGAAUACCUAGUUGAUAUUGAUAUUGUACCAGGAACAUUUAGCGGUUAUAUGUUUACAGGAUCUUAUGCUUCAACUGAUAACUAUCUUAUUCGCUCAGCUGAAGUGCGUCCCCGGAAUCAGGCCAUGCGCAUUUUCAAACGCGAUAAAUAG